GUACAGGCCUAGACACACCAAAUACAAGAAAAUGUCAGAAAAGGAGUUGGAUGAAUUUUAUGAAACAGCAUUGGAGGUAGCCAAACAAGCAGGGCAGAUGAUCAGAAAUGCAUUUGACAAGGAGAAACAUGUUGAUACUAAGAUGAAUGCUGCUGACCUAGUAACAGAAACAGACCAGGCAGUCGAAACUUUAGUGCAUUCUUUGAUCAAAGCAAAGUUCCCAAAUCACAAGUUUAUUGGCGAGGAGACAACAGCUUCAACUGGUCGAAAAUGUGAAUUUACUGACGAUCCAACAUGGAUUAUUGAUCCUGUUGAUGGCACCACUAACUUUGUACAUAGCAUCCCUGAAGUUUCAUUCUCACUAGCAGUCACAGUAAAUAAAAAAGUUGUUAUUGGCAUUGUCUAUGUACCUGUGAAAGAAGAGUUAUUUACUGCAAGAUUAGGUCAAGGUGCUUUCCUGAAUGGCAGGAAAUUGAGCGCCAAUAAAAUUACUGAUCUAGGAAAAGCUGUUGUCAUCAUGGAAGGCGGCAGCUCCAGAGACCCACAAGUUGUGAAUGAUAAAGUAAAGAACAUCCAAUCAAUGAUCACACGCUCACAUGGAGUACGAGCAUAUGGCUCAGCUGCAUUGAAUUUAUCUCACGUGGCGGCUGGAAGGGGUGAUGCCUAUGUUGAGUAUGGAAUACACAUAUGGGAUUUCCUUGCUGGUGCUCUCAUAGCUAGUGAAGCAGGAGCUGUUGUGUUGGACCCCACGGGUUCAGAGUUGGAUUACCUGCAUUGUCGUAUCCUGUGUGCCUGCACGCUUGACCUGGCCAAACAGAUCUCUGCCUCCCUCGUCCAUCUGGACAUGGGCUAUGACUGAUACACUCUUCACGAAUCAUUCAUUAAUGAUAUUGUUUUAUCUACAGUAUUUUAGUUAAGUCCAUAAAAAUAACUAAUAUUUUAAUACAUUUUUAAAUAUUUUUGUACAGAAGUUUUUAAGCUCAGCUGAUGAGAAAUAAUUGUGUAACAUUAAUAGCUAGGCUUAUUGAUAUGUUUAUAUAUAGAUAUAAGAAUUUUUAAAAUGUCUCAAACUAUGGAAACUGUGAUAUUGGCAGGAAGUUUUCAUGAGUUGUGGAUAUUUUGUCGCAUCAUUAUUUAUUUAUAAGAUCCCAUAGUUACAUAUCUAUCAUACAUUUAUUUCAUGUAUUGUAAGAGUUAGCAUUGCUGAUUCAUGGCUAUUUUAGUGCGGAAUUGUAUGCUUGGUGUUUUCGUGUGGCAAUGUGUGGUUAUUGUGGCAAUGUCAUAGUUGUUUUAGUCUGACAAAUUCAUGAUUGUUUAAAUGUGACUAAAUGUUUGACAGCAUCCUAUUUGCCCAUGUUUGAUCACAGUGCUACCUGUAUCAGAUCACAGUGCUACCUGUAUCUGAUCACAGUGCUACCUGUAUCUGACUGUAUCUUAUCACAGUGCUACCUGUAUCUGACUGUAUCUGAUCACAUUGCUAUCUGUAUCAGAUCACAGUGCUACCUGUAUCUGAUCACAGUGCUACCUGUAUCUGAUCACAGUGCUACCUGUAUCUGAUUGUAUCUUAUCACAGUGCUACCUGUAUCUGACUGUAUCUGAUCACAGUGCUACCUGUAUCUGAUCACAGUGCUACCUGUAUCUGAUCACAGUGCUA